GGGAUCACAGCAGGGACAUAACAGACGGCCACCGCUAGCAAUUAAGCUGACAUUACUGAUACCCAGUGAGCACAAUACUACGUCUAACUUGUCUUUCAAACAUGUUUAGAAUAGUAAUAGGUCCACCACAAAACAGCGUUCAUUUAUGAAUUGUUUUUGAAAAAAACCGCAAUGAGUAUCUGUGGUUCCUACAACAGUAUUUGUAUAGUUUUUACUGAUACUGUCAUGGAGUAUGCUGCUACACAGCUAGCGAAUCGAUAGCUAAAGAAAACUCCGUAAACAUGGCUUACUUUUUUUGUUUUUGUAAAGCUUUCGUGACUUGCAUGUAUGCUUGCGGUAACUUACACGCAAAAAAUGCAAUUACUAUUUAUAAAUGUACAUGAAAUAUGUUAAAUAUUUAGCUAGCUACAACAUAGGGAUACACUGCUAACUGCUAACUACGGUGUCGUCAAACUUACAAAUACAUAAUCAAAGUAAUAAUUCAGGAACAUUUGAGAUCGCUAUUUUAGGUGCUUUUUCCACACAGAUACUUACAAAGACAUUUUCACAAGGCGUACUACAGGCUUAAACGUUUUUAAAACAAACAGCUUGUUGAGGAGCUUUUUCAAACUUCAAUCGUUUCUGCCAUUGCUAGCUUGCGCUUCACAAACGGGAAAAUGUCAAAGAUUGUCUAAUAGCGAGAACAGCACUUACUCUUGCUGUCACUGUAACGAUUCUUUAUGGACAAUAAUUUUUACCAUAUAUUUUUAACACGUUUUACCAUACAUUUUUAACAGUUAUUUAUUUACUAUGAACUCGUUUACAACUCCGAAGUCACAUGAAAUCAUUAUAUUUCACCCAAUGACAUUAAAUUAACAUAAUCUUUAUUGUUGGCCUUUUCUUGUCAUAAUGCUCUCUUAAGAUAAGAAAUUGUGGUUAAUGGAAAAUCGAAGAAAAAUAUGCGUUUCCAUUUGCUUGAACCGCUGGGUGGCGCUGUUUUCCAUCCAAAAAUGCACAUCUGAUAUGAGUUGGAACAUUUUUUCUCCCCGACUCUCUCUCUCUCGCUCUCCUUCCACGUCCAGUAAUCUGACACCCAAAAAGGGGAGCCGGCCUGCAAGGAUGCACCCUUGUGGAAUUGCCCGGCUGCAAAGAGCCGACAGUCAGCCGGAGUGCUCAGAGCAAGACAAGCCGAGCAAGAGCCACCGUGCACGGACUUGGGUGCUGCAGAGGAGCCGCUGAUCAUCCCGAAAGACCUUCCAAUGGUCCUACUGCGCACACACGAAUGGGUGACUUUGCACGGCGCCUUGUGAGGAGCAGAUGAUGAAGAAUUACAGCGGCAGUCCGCCUCACAGCAACAACAACCAGAACCCUCAUCUCAUUCACUUCAGGAACCACAAGAAGUUGCUCGCCUCCUUGCCCUGGCGCUUCCCCCUCAGAGCUUAUGCUUUCUGCAUGGCGACACUCUUCUUCUUCUGCCUGGCCUCCCUUUUCUACCAACUCAACGGAGGACCUCCCAAAAUCCUGCUGGACAUCAGACAGUAUCUCGGGGUGUGUGGGAAAAAUCACUGGUUGGUCAGAAUGGCCGCCGGCAGGCUCUUAAUCCAUAAGGACAAGCUAGCGAGACAGCUGGCGUCCUGCAAGCGCAGACGAGGUGAAUCCACAUACAUGGAUGACCACGGACCUCCUGCUCCCAGAGUGCUCACGUUCCCCAGCCAGGUGGUUUACAACCGCGUGGGGAAGUGCGGCAGCCGUACGGUGGUCAUCCUGCUGCGCCUGCUGGCUGAGAAGCAUCAGUUCAACUUGAUCUCGUCGGACAUCCACAACAAAACACGGCUCACUAAACACGAGCAGGUGGAUCUCAUGAAGAACAUCAGCAACAUCCCACAACCCUUCCUCUACACGCGUCACGUUCACUUCCUCAACUUUACCAGGUUUAGGAUCGAGCAGCCCGUCUACAUCAACAUCAUCCGCGACCCCAUUAACCGCUUUCUAUCCAACUACUUCUUCCGUCGCUUUGGGGACUGGAGGGGCGAGCAGAACCACCUCAUCCGAACCCCCGGGAUGAAAGAUGAUGAGAGAUACCUGGACAUAAACGUGUGCAUUCUAGAGAACUACCCCGAGUGCUCCAACCCUCGAGUCUUCUACAUUAUCCCCUACUUUUGCGGACAGCAUCCUCAAUGCAGAGAGCCAGGCCCAUGGGCUCUGGAGCGGGCCAAGCAGAACGUGCUGGAGAACUACCUGCUGGUUGGCAUCUUGGAGGAGCUGGAAGAUGUGCUGCUACUCUUGGAGAGACUUUUACCGCACUAUUUUACUGGCGUGCUCGACAUCUACAAGAGUCCUGACUACAAGAAGAUGGGCAACAUGACGGGCACGGUACGCAAACACACCCCCACCCUGGAGGCGCUGCAGGUGCUCUACAAACGCAUGCGCUACGAGUACGAGUUCUACAACUUCAUCAGGGACCAGUUCCACCUCAUGAAGAAGAAAAUCGGACUCAAAUCCGCAGCCCAGCCGCCGGCGUAUUCACCGGAUUUCCUGCGGGAAUUGGCCCUGCGGACGCCCCAGCCUCUGGACGAAGACGAGGAGCUGGACACAGACAUGGAGGACGCAAACAGCUGGCUCGUCCAUCAGUAACAAAAAAAAAAACGCCUGAGGAGUGGACAUUGCCUUUCCUGCCCUCCACGCCGCGUCCUGAGGAAGCGACGGCGCCUCGCGAAAAAGUGAGUUGGAUUUGAAGUAGAUCCGAAUAGGCGUGGACGAACUCGCCACUCUCGAGGUUGGCGCGCUGCAAGUACGAGGUGUUCUAUUUAAACGUUGACAGGGGAUCACAGAAAAAUCAUGCGGUUUUAUAUGAAGUGCGGCUUUCGUUUCUGCUUGUUGGAAGCUGUUUUAUGCUGUAUUCUCCAGGAGAGAUGAAACAGCUACGUUUACUGUCGGGGACGCGCCCAAAGGAUGGGAACGUACAUUCUUAAAAAAAGCCAAACCAUGACUAGAAGAACUAAACAUGUUUAUGUAUAUCAGUCUAGUGCCGUGUGUUAGUAACUAUGUGACAGGAAGUUCUAUUCAGCCACGUUUCCACCAAGCACCACAGUUUGUCCUUUCAAUUCUUCCAUGUCAGUGAACUACAGUCAGGUGUCCUCAUUUGCUCCCGUUCUGCACUCCUGCUUCUACUCCUGAAUCACUGCACACAAAAGGGGGAACAUUAUAUUAUCAGGAAAAUCUGACAAAUAUUUUUUUUUAUAUUUUGAGAAACAAACAAAGAAUGAAGUGGAAAAUUUUAAUAUUAUGAUCUAAAUAUCAUAGGAAUAAAGUCAUAAUAACAGGAGAAACGGAAAGUACAGCAGAAAUAUUUCCAGAAUUAAGUCAGAAUAUUAUGAGGAAAUGUGAUGCCAUUGUAGUAGCAUAGAAUUUUUAUUAUAUUUUUUUCAUAAGUCAGAAUAUUAUAAGAAACAAAAAAAAUUUAGUUGUAAUUUUUGAAAAAAUUUGUUAUAAAGUCAUAAUAUUGCAAGAAGAAAAUUUCCAAGAAAAAAGUGUAAUAAAAUUGAAAAUAUUAUCAUUAAUUAAGCAAAAGCAGAAAUUCUAUAAGAAUAAAUUCAAGAUUUUCAGAUUUAAAAAAAAUGCUGUAUUCUACAAAAAAGAAAGUGGUAAUUUUAUGAGAGGAAAUUGAUAAUAUUUGAUAUUUGGUAAUAUUCAAUUGGUAAUAAUUUGAGGAAAAAUGUUGUAAUUGUAUUACCAUACAGUUUAAAUAUGUGUAAAAAUAUAUAUAUUUAAAGAUAUUAAAGAUUAAAGAUAAAGAAACAGCAGAGGUUUUUUCGGCAUAAAGUCCAAAAAAAGUUGCAAUUUUAUGAGAAUAAAUAUAAAAACAUAAAAAAUAAUAUAAAAGUGAAAUAUAUAUUUUUUAAUCAGUUUAAAGUAAAGAGUCUAAAUAUACAUACAUACACACAUGCAUAUAGUAUAUAAAAGAGUAUAAGAGAAUAAAGUUGGGUUGGGGGAAAGUUAUAAUAUAAUGGGAAUAAAGGCAAAAUAUUACUGGAAGUAAAUCAUAAUAUUAUGAGGAAAAAAUUAACAGGAGGAAAGUUAACAAAUUAACUGCAAGUUUUGGAAAAUAAGGUUGUGGGGAAAAGUUCUGAUAUUGCAGGAAAAUUGGGAAAAACAUUUUAGUACCAUCUCACCUGUGACACAAAGAUGAAAUGCAUAUUUUUCUUGAAAUAUAUGACUUCUAAGAAAGUUUUGCUUUACAAAGUAUCAAGUGGCCAUUGCAUCCUUUCAUUUUUCACUAUGUGGCCUUCAUCGGAGAAAGUUUAGCUAGCAUGGAUUCUAAAGAAUUUUAAGCACAACACAUAGGGGGCGCCACAAUCAUGCUAAAAAUGAGGCCACCAUACUGUUUGUUUAUUGCUUUGUUGAACUGAUUGGCAGGUUGAGACGUCACGCUAUUUACGUAGCAGGAUUACUUCCCAAACUGAAGUGAUUCUCUUGGUGGAAACGUGGCUUAAGUCAGAUGAAUUUUAUUGUUAAAGGUAUAAAUGAGGGUUAAACCGAAUGCACUCUGUUAUGAAUUCAAAGAAUUCCAGCCAAGUGUGUAUGUCUGCCUGAGUUUGACACCGGAGUAUUUUAGCAGAGAUUUAGAGUUUGGCAAUGUUUUAAAAGUUUAUUUGUUGGGACUUCAGCUUGGCCAGAUGCUAAAAAAAUAAUAAUAAUAACAUAUUGAUCUUGCUGCAAAAUUAGACGACUAUGGUUAUUCCUGGUAAGGCAUCAAUCAUGUCGGAGCUGAGUUAAUUCAGUUUUAUCAAUGAUGCUUAAUAUUUCCUCAAAUAAUGGCACUCAUUAAAAAAAAGGUAAAAAAAAAAGGUCAAAAUGAGGUCAAAUGAAAAUAUAUGGAAGGCACAUAAAUGACACAUUCAAGGACGUUGAUGAUGGUCACUAGGUGGCAGUCAUGUUACUGUGGGGUUCCGGUGAGACACACAGGCACCAGAUUUGAUUGCAGAAACAACAGGCUUUUAUUGCAGGUUUGAAUGAUCUCACAUCAGGCCCAAUGAUCCCUCAUAUAUAAUAAUAAAAAGAAAAACACUGGCUACUAUCUCAACCCCCAACAUCACUCAGGAAGAAAUUUAUAGUAACACACGUCUUAUUUAUGUCUUAAAUAGUUUAUUUACUCUUAUUAUAUGUCUACUAUAUUGCGUAAGAGUGUGAAGGUGACUAUAGGGGUGUUAUUUCAGGUCUAGAGGGCUCUAAUAAUGUUAAAAAACACAUUUAGAAGGUAGUAAACAGGUUUUCUAUGCUCUAGCUAUGGAAAUAUCCAUCCAUUCAUUUUCUAUGCUGCUUAUUACGAAAAUAUAAAAAUAUGAAAAUAUUCCAUUUAUAUAAAUAAGGAAUCUUACUCGGCGGAAAUUUGCUUAUCGCAGUUGGGUCUGGAACCAAUUAACCGUGAUAAAUGAGGGAUUACUGUAUUUGAGGUUUUUGUCUAUUUAUUUAUUUACAUUGCUAGUCAAAAGUCUGGAGACACGUUCUUAAAAAAAACUGUAAAAAUGGGAAAAGCUGAGCUAAAUGUAUAGCAAAGAAGCUAAAAUGGGAUAUUAAUCAGUAAUUUUAACAAAAAGUUGUUUUGUUUUUGGGUUUUUUUUAGCCUUUUUACAAAAUAAUUAAAAUACAUGAAAAAAUUGUCCCUCACAUUCUUUUAGUUUCAGUAUGCGGCCCACUGUGGGUUUGAUUAAAUUAUUAAAAAUGACAUUUAAAAAAAUGUAUAAAAUAAACUAUUUUAUUUGCUUAAAAAAUUUUACCAUAUAUUUUAACAUAUAUAUAUUCCAUCAUAUCCCAUAGCAUAAGGUCCUGUGGACAAAAGCUGCCUUCCUGCCAUCUUGUGGCCGCCUUUUGUUUACUGGUCCUGUGUAUAAAACUGUUUGCUGCCAUCUUGUGGCUUCCUGGUGCUAUUGCAUCGAUAUUCCAUUGGACCUGUUUAUAAAAUCGCUCUUGCUGCCAUCUUGUGGCCGCCUAGUGUUACUGCAUCGAUAGUUACAAAGUGUUUAUUUGACGUGAAGCGUUUAUUAAGUCAAGCAGUUGGACGCACCCAGCGUGUAAUUGAUGCAGAGGCCAUUAUUUGAGGAACUACACUAUUUAUUUAUUGUAUCAGAAACCCUUUUUUUUACAAAGAUCGAAGGUGAGGUAGCAAAGGUCAAAGGUCAAGGUACGUGUUGGUGUCAGCACUCUGCCCGGCGCAGUUUUCCCCUGAUAUUCUUUAAGCUAGCAUAUUGCUAUUUAUAUCUGUCAGCUAGCUUGGUUCAAAGGUACCGGGUGCCAUUUGUAGCUAGGGGCAAAGGUCAAGUCAGGUCACUCGGUACAUGUUCCGUGUCAGCGCUAACGCUGCUCGUUGCUCGUCUACACUUUCUUCAUGUGUCUUUACUUUGUGUAUACUUUCAAUUUCUCCUGCAGCAGCUAAAGUGUAAUAAAAAGAAACCAAACUUUCCCAGACAACAUUAAACACGAAAGUAUUUCAUCCUAGCUAGGUCGUCUUCCAACAAGUACGUGCUUUUACGUCCUGGUGUGUCUUUUAUAAUUUAUUAUUUUCUAUUCAUUUUGCAAGCAGAUCAAUUUCUCAGGAAGGAAAUAAUCAACUGUGUAAUAAGUUCCAACAUGGCGGCUAUUUAAAAAAAAAAUAGAUCUAUUUCUGGCAUUCCGCAGGAGAAGUCGAAAGAGCUCCUCUAAGCGUCAUUCCACACCCCUCCAAAAUAAACUUCCUCAGAACAGA